AAGCAACAGACGCGCAGAAAAGUUGAGCCAGUCGAACCAGAUCGUGCGUCUUGACGCACGGGUGGAAUAGCAACGAUGGGAGCCUCGCAGACGCGCUCCGAGCACAAGUACAAGGAUCUGAUGGAUAAAACUGGAUUUUCACUGGAGCAGAUCAAAAACCUCCACAAACGAUUCCAGCACCUGAGUGGAAAUGAAGAGACAAUAAGUAGAGAAAACUUGGACACCAUACCGGGCCUCGCCAAUAAUCCAAUCAGAAAGCAGAUUAUUGAAGCAUUCUUCGAUAAAAGGAACCAGCAUGAAAACGAGGUGGGCUCCUUGGAAGAGAUUGGCUUCGAGCAGUUCCUCAUGGUCAUGUCCCACUUUCGCCCUCCAACUCUGAAGACAACGGAGGAGGAGAAGGAAGUUAUGAGAAAGGAAAAGCUUCGCUUCCUGUUCAACAUGCAUGACACAGACAACGAUGGCACCAUCACUCUGGUGGAGUACAGGAAGGUAGUAGAGGAGCUUCUGUCAAAGAGUGGAGCCAUCGGGCUGGAGGCUGCCAAGGCAAUAGCAGAUGCUGCCAUGUUGGAAGUGGCGAGCACAAAUGUGCCCCACAUGGCCCCGGAUGAUUUCUAUGAAGGAAUUACGUUCGAGCAUUUUGAACAGGUUCACGUGUUUAGAUGAAGUGAGUCGCGGCCGCUCUGGUAGCCAUGGGUCAUCUGUUAUGGCUAAUAUCCAAAGCAUGAGAUUGCAGGCACAUACCAUUCCUCUGCAGCUCCAGAAUAGUUACAGGUUUAUUUUAUCUGUUCCUCCGAGACUGUGUAACCAUCCACUGUUCUACCAUCAAAAUCCACUAUUUUCUUUCCCUGCUAACAAAUAAAACACUUUACUAUCCCUGAGAUGAAUUGUUAUAGACUUUGCACAGAAUUAUGUUAAUAAACUAAAUAAA